CCCUUUUGCUCUGUCUGCCAGGCUGAGGUGGUUUCAGACAGUGCAUCACAAACACACACACACACAUACACGUGCCACUCUAUGUCUCUAGUAGCUCUUCACUCAUCUCCUCUCUCCUCCUCCUCCUCCUCCUCUCUCACCAUGGAGUCACAUCACUGAAGAGUGGAUUGUUCCUCCUGUUCUCUCCUCUUCUCUCCUCUGCACUUCAUUCGGUGUGUUUGGGUGUCUGUUUCAAGGUGGGAAUGCUCGUGUCUGCGACAGCGCUGUUGGGGGCUACGCUGGGAACCGUGUCUGGAGUGUUGACGCUGUGUGGUCUCUCCCUGCUUUGCAAAAGCUGUAAGAAGGGAAAACUUGAGAGAGGGGACGAUACUGACCCAGAGAAAACUCUACACUUCAAAACCUCAAUGAAACAUACAGCCAUAAGAAAGCCCCUAGGUGAAAUGCCCCUGUCUCAUGUCAAGUUCAGUGUGCAGAAAUGCACAGAAUCCAUCCAGCCUCAAGCAUCUUUGACGUUUCCUCAAAUCUACCGCCCCAAACCUUCUGUCACUUCUCAAGAGGUAGUAAACUACAAAGAACAUGGAGCUGCCAAUGACACGUCUGCUGCUGAGCUCGACACCUGUAACCAGGCAACCGAACGUGAGGAGGUCUUCUCCCUCCCACAGCAAGCUUCCAUAGAUGAAACGCCCUGUACAUCUGAGCAAACCGGUGCCAUGACGACAAGUAGCUUCAUCCUAUAUCCCAAACUGCACUUCUCCAUCAGCCUGCACAAAGAAAAUGGAAAGCUACACAUCAGCAUUGUAGAAGCGGAGAAUAUAUCAGUGGAGGCCGGAUGUGAGGGAUAUAUAUCAGGGUGUGUGAGCGUCUCUGAAGAGCAGAAGCACGCUCACACAGCAGUCCACAAGCUGGCAGCGCAUGUGCAGUGGGGAGAGGAGCUGGUGUUCGCUCUUCCCAUGGAGGGCACAGAAGACACAGACAGUCUAGAUGGAGAGGUGGCCCUCUCACUUCACUGCUGUGAUCGAUUCUCCCAUAAUUCCACUCUGGGCACGAUGCGCUUUAAGCUGGCUGAUAUAAGCAUGAUGUUAGAUGCUGAUUGCUGGGUUGAUUUACAGCCACCCAAACAGGUUAGAGAGAUGGAAAAGCAUUUAUCAGUAAAGCUGACCUUGAAACACCAAAAUGCCAAGCUGAAAAAGAAGCAGACACGGCGAGUGAAGCACAAGAUGAAUCCGGUAUGGAAUGAGAUGAUGAUGUUGGAGCUGCCCAGUGAGCUAUUGGCUAAAUCCAGCGUAGAGUUGGAGGUACUGAACCUGGCCAGUCCCGGCACCCUGCUUCCUCUGGGCCACUGCAUGCUGGGGCUCCACACCUCCGGCACCGGCCUGCAGCACUGGAAACAGAUGCUAGAUAAUCCACGCAAGCAAAUUGCAAUGUGGCAUCCACUUUACACCUGAGAAUACAGGUUAAUAUUCUACAAAACACCACCUACACGCAAUGAUUGAUUAAACAUGUGGUUGGAGUUUUAUGAUAGUACUCUAUUCCUGUGUAAAAAUAUGUAGUACUCCAAUAUAAUAAAUAUUUAACUAGAUUAAUGAGUGAACCAAGUUGUUAUCGUUACGUAUUAUAAGACUAUUUUCUCUGAAGGUAAAAGCUGCUGGAGACAGUCACAUACAGUACUAAUAUAUUGUUACACAUUAGUGUAAGCAGUGCUGCAUUUACCUUUGGUGUUAAUGUUGUUAAUGUGUCUUCAAAUUACUCAAUGCUAUUUUACACUGUUCUGACUUGGAGCCAUCCUCAUCUCCUUUUUUCUUUUCUUUUCUUUAUUCAAUUUAUUUGUACAGGGACAACACACAACAA